CACGUUUUGCAUCGUGCACGAGCGCAUUUAAAAGUGCCUGGUUGCUCAUUAGUCUGAAAAGAACUUCUUGUAGGUGAUUAUAAUCAGCUGAGACGAAGUUACUCCAUGGCAAAAUCUCAUUUUCGUUAUUCAAAAAUACUCCACCUCAGGGAAUUUAAUCUCCUCUAGAUGAAAAAACGCAAUGGCACUUUGAACUCUAUAAGAGAUAUCAUCAACUAAAAAUGCUAGAGCUACAAAAGUACAGCAACAAAUGAGCCAUAUCACAGCUGUUUAACUUGGUUUUAUUUCAACCUGGUAAUCAAAGUCGUGAACAACUAUAAAAUCACCUGACGUACAAUGCUGUUUUAAAACACCUUUUAUGCCGGUGUCUCCUUUAUAAGUUUUCGGAAGGACUUUCAGAAUAUCCAAUUACCAAGUAACAGCACUGGGAAGCACCUUGAUAAAGAGUAGUGACUACAUCUUGUCUUCAUUUCAUACAGUAGGCAUUAUAUCGUGCAAGAAGAUUAACGACUACUAAUAAUUGCUUUUUUGAAAUAACGAUCAAGAGCUCAGGAUGUGGGCUAUAACCCGAAAGUAUAUCUAAAUUUGCAACAAAAAGGUCCACAAGAUCUUUCUCAAACAGCGGAGAAAGACACGCCUACUUAAAUAAUUCCUCAAAAUCUGUCGAAAUUAACCUUGCACCGUUUUAAAAAGGCACCUAUAAGUGUCUGAACUUUUUCCAUUCAAAUCAACAAAUGGCCAUAUCUGACCCCACCCCCUCCCCUAAGGGAGCAUCACAAAUUUGGAAGAAAAUGGCGAUUCAAUUAUGAAUAUCAAACAUCUCUUAUAAGACAGGCUCCAUAUUUGGUUCCCUGGCAAGAGAUAACUAGUCAACAAUUUGUUCUGCUGGUCUCUAAUUUCAUACCGAAUUGAUAAUUGAAAAAGAUCAGUCUUGACAACUCCCAUUCAACUGAUAGCAAACGAGGAUUUUUGAUGAGUUUUGUUUUGUUUUCUUCGUCGCCUACUCAACCUGCGUGUUUAACAGAUACAGAAGUUACCCACUGCUUAUUUUUCACCUGUUUUUGAACCGGAGAUUAAAGAUUAAUGAUGAGGUAAAGGUAAUGGAUAUUCACAACAUUUUGCUUGACAGCUGUAAAAGGAAGUGAAUCAUCCUGCCCAGUAUUUUAUCAGGGAUAGGAAACAGUUGGGAUCUUAAUUUGGAUCUUCGUUUCACUGCUUUGAAUUGCUCCAAGUGCUAGUGGAGUUGUAAAUUCUCCUUUGUUUUGGAGUUUUCUCAAAACAAAAAAGGCUAAGAAUGUGAAAUUAAACAAAAUUUUUCCAAGAAUAUUUGAGGUUCUAACACACCUUGGUACGUAAGGUGAUUAAAAAAGGAAGCAUUUGCAGUUAAAGAUAGGUACGUAUUUAAAGGACUUUCGAAAUAGUGCAUUAGAUUCUAAUGUGCUGACCUUGUAGGCACCAGUCUUAUAAAAGUGUACAGCUACACACUUAUACUAUUAAUUGAAAAUACCAGCCAAUUCGUUUAUGGGGUUAUUCGAUUGCACAAAAGAAUCUAUAUUUGAGAAAAUUUCAAAAGUUACACUCGCAUUUUGUUAAAAGAAGAAGAAAGUUAAAUAUCAAAACUACUAGGAACAGGAAAUUGCUAACGAAAAUGAACAAGGAGGAGGAAACAGGAAAAUGAAAGUAGAGAGGUACACUCCACAAACAGCACACUCUCUUUCUGUAAUAAUUAAGAUUCGAAAGAGUCACCUGCCUAUUCAAACAUUUUUCUGAAGUGUGCUCAUGGUGUUGACGCCGCUAUUUUAAAACCAACUCAGAAAAGCAAUAAAUAUGCUGAAAGACUAUAAAACAGAAAUCGAUUUCUUCAACAGGAAAAAGUGCGACGCAAAAGCAGCCAAAGCUUCUUGAACCCCGCUCACUGGAACUCCCAAGAGAAACGAAAAAAUGGUGCGAGCAAGAAAGGAAGCGCGAACUAUCGAGUUAUCGGGAUGGGCGUUGAAUUUUCAGCCUGAGUUAUCCUGCUCAUAAUCAUUAAGAAUCUUAAAACUUCCAAUAUCUAAUUGUUAAUUCUCCCAUCUAGCUGCUGCACAUUUCCUUAUAAAUUAGUAGGGAAUUUGGUGCAAGAUUAAGAUAACUACGAAUGGUAAAAGAAAUCAACUGAACAAAGCGAUAUACAUAAAGACAGUUUCCACAGCACCGUGGGUACAAAUGGUGUUACUCGCUUGUUAUCUUCCAUAUGGUUUAGUUGCUUUUAUUUCUAUCAGUGGAGAGGACACACCUUUCCUUAACUUCGCUUGGGCUCUGAAAUUAUCUCCGUUGUUGUCAAACUCGACUCCAAACCCAUUCCUGUAUUCUUGGAAGACAAGAGAAACGAGACGAGCCGUGAGGUAAAGAAUAAAACAGUUUCUACGCUGGGAAGUCAUCCUUAUUUAUACCUUCCAUCACAACGCGGUCAACGAUCUCGAUAUCAUCUUUUGUUACAAUAUAUCACACAAAUGGAUGCGGUUUUAGAUUAAUUCAAAUUGAUUCCUCUCAAAAUAGUUUUACGUUUGACACAGGAAAAAAUUAUAAAAGUUGGAAUGAGGAGGAGAAAAACGGGAAACAAAGAUAAUACAAUGAAGAAUAGCGAAGAGGAAGAGGAAGAAGGAGUGAACGGAAUUGCAAAAGGAAAGGAAGCCGGUAAAGUAAAUAUAAGAUAAAUCUAGAAAUGUAAAGCGAGACACAGACUGUUUAAUUGAGUUCUAGAUACGCCGAAGUAAGAGUUAAAGCACUUAGGAAGGAAGAGGAAAACAAAAACACAAAAGGUAAACAGGUAAGUGAUACGGAACAAGUAAGGAGGAACAAAAAACCGGAAAAACUCUCUACCGAAAAUGAGGGAGAAAACACAGCCUUAAUGAUACAACUACACGCGAAUAUUUGCAAUUUUAUUUGUUGUAUGAUCCUUAAAUAAUCAGGGAAGAAGUUGUUUUCAGUUCCUCUCUUUUGAAUAUUACAUUAAAAAAACCUUUAAGUUGAAGAAGAAAAUGACUGAAAGUUUUGCACCUGUCGUGAUACGCGCUCCGCUUGCAUCCUUUAACUCUUUCUGACGUGUGGCACUCACCGAUAGUGCGGACCCUAAGCAAACCACGUCACGAUGACGACGGCAAAGAUAACGCGGCAAAACAAAGGAUCCACUGAACAGAAUUAUGACUCUGCCAUUGAGGCUUAUAUUCUCAUACAUUUCCCGGCCGUGGUCUGGUGUCGUUGGAGACGUUAGACUUAUCCAGACAUUCGCGAAAUUCUUUCUAAAAAGAUUUAUUAACGUUUUUCUUGGAUUUGUCAGUUGACCUGAGUGCGUCAGGUUCUUACUAAGCCACCGAACACUGUAUAUAUUGUCUCGAUUUAUCAUCAUCAAUUUCAAGUCGUUUGUUUCACUUUACUAACAUUUCCGGCUCUAUAAUAUAAAAUUCGCUCAGGUUUUUGUGACCUGCGAAGACCAAUCUGCUAUAUUUGUUAUAGGAUUGAACAAAAUACUGAUCAAAGCUUAAACAACAUGUCUGAAAAAUGUCUGAGAACACGGAUAUUAACACACACAGGAAGCUAUGAAUCUAUUUAUGUACACGGGAAAUAAUGUUUUUUCUUUUUCCAAGGAUAUUUUGUUUUUUUAUAAGUUUUUCCCUUCAUGCAACAAAACAUUCCCUCUGAAGAAUCUCGCCGAGUUUCAUGUGAAAGGAGAUAGGAAAUACCGAUUAAAUUAAUUAUAAGCUAGCUAAUGCCUGAAGUUAAUAAGGUAUUUGUUCCAUUAAACCCGAUCAAAAAAGAAACAAUAUAAACUUACAACAUUAUUUUCUCUCUCCUUUGCAACCGACAGAGUUGACGAAGUUCAAGGCCGAAGCACCGUUUCUUGUUUCCAAUACGAGUCAUUUUUCAAAGUACUGAGGCAGCUAAGUCAGUUUCUUCCCGAAUUUACUGGAAUUUCCUAAUUUUUUGAGGUAUGGCGUAUUUGUGAUCUACACAUGUGAUAAGUCUGUGAAAGCAACUCAGUUUUCUGUACUUCAAGCGGCGCGGCGUAAUUUGGGAAAGGGAAAAGCAUCCAGCAGUGGGUUUUUAGGAGAGCAAAAAUUUGCUUUGUGUUUAUGAAGAAAAUGGCCACGAUGAAGUUAUAUACCAAGAGCAUUUCGAGUCUUUUGCAGUUUAACACGAGUACGUAUGGAAUACCGUCUAAGAAACUACUGCUCGCAUAAAUUUAUUUUCUAGAGAACUAAUGGUCAAUUAAAAAUCAGUAGAAAUUUGUGAUUGUGAUUAAUGUUAAAGAAACGUUAACUUUGGCUUAUUUUCCUACUCGGUUGAUUUUUAGAGCUGUUUUGCGCCUUGCACUCGCUGUACUUUCAAAUUAUUCCAAUCUGUUUAAACUGUUAAUGACCAAAGUUACUAUUGAAUGAGAGUGCAAGUAACCGGAUCGCCAUGGGGUAAACAUUGCAGCCGGCCAGAAAGAAAUGUAUGGCGAAAGGCAGUUUCGAUAUUCAAAAGAAAAGAUUUUUGAGAUAGAUCAAAGUUUUUUCACCGCAUUUUUAUCAUAAAAGGAUUAACAAUCUAACUCUCUACCAAAAACGAGGGAGAGGAAACAGUUUUAAUAACACAACAACACGCGAAUAUUUGACAAAUUUGGCAUACUAUCUUAAAAUAAGAGAAUAGAAUAGGCUUAAAGUUGUCUUCAGUUCUUUUUAUAAAAAAAGUUUUUAUGCAUGUAUAAAAACAUACACGUAGAAAAGGAAACUAACUGAAAGUUUUGCACCUGUCCUAAUGUGCACAUCAUUUACAUCCGGUAGCUCUUUCUAACGUGUGACGCUCACUGAUAGUACGGACCACAAAGGCAAAGGCAAAGAGCACACAACGAAACAAAUAAUCCUCUGAGCAGAAUAAUGGCUCCGCCAGUGCAGCAUUCAUUUUCAUGUAUUUCCCGGCCGUUCUCUGCAAAGCCCAACCCAGCUCACAAAUGUUAUGCUGAAAUUAGGUCGGGUGUCAUUACAGUCUUUAACUCAUCCAGACACUUGCGACAUUCUUGACAAAAAUAUUUAUUUAUCUUUUAAUCGACAUUUUUUUCAUGGAUUCGUUGAUCCAAUUACGUAAGCUCCUUACUAAGCCACAUCACAUUGCUUAAAUUGUCUUUAUUUAAUAGUUCCAAGUUGUUUGUUGAAAUUUACUCAUAUUUUCGGCUCUAGAUUAGAAACUUCGUUUAGGUUUUUUUUUUUUUUUUUACCGGGAAGACCAACAUGUCAUAUUUUUCAAGGAUUAAACAAAAUAAUUAUCAAAACAUAAUAUCUCCUACUGAUGGCAAACUUUAAUAAAAGCUAAAACAUGGCUAAGAGCAUGGAAUAUUAACGAACACAGGAAGUCAUCUUCUUAUAUACACGGGAAAUAAAUAUUUUUUUCUUUCUCUAGGGGAAAUUUGGUUACAGAGACGCAAUUUGGGAAUACGAAAAAACUCAACCUGAAGUGCUAUAUUUAGUUAUCAAGAGAGCAUCAAUUUGCUUUGUGUUUGUAAAGCUCAGUAUGCUGUUUUUUUUUUACUUGGAAAGGAACGUGAUAAGCAUUAAAGCACCUGCUCUGACAUACGUAAGACCGGAGUACUAUUGCGAACAAGCCUUCACGUUCGAAAAAAGAGACUCCACCGACUGAUUAUUUCUCUGGUUAUUUCUCGACGAGGACAAGACAAAGGUGGUUCUCAAAAUAUAAUUUGUGUUUUCAUUCCUAUAAUAUAAUUUUCUUCCUUUUUCGAUUGACAGACUUGACGUAAUUCAAGGCCGAAUCACUGUUCCAUAACUCCAGUGGGGUUCAGUUUCAACUAUCUGAGAAGAGACGGAUAUAUUUUAAAGUGGCUACUGCAUCAACCCCAACAGUCUUACUACAGAUUGGAUUGCGAAUAAAGAAAAAGGCUGGAUGAAAUUAUGGCUAAUUUGAAUGAGGAUGGAAAUAAUGUGACAUCAGGCCCAGAGAUAUUUUGCACCUCAGGUCUCGGAGCAGCUCAGAGGAUAUUUAUUUCAGCCAUUAAUCUUCCCCUAUCCAUAGCCGCAAUUAUAGGAAAUUUUCUGAUCAUCGUUGCUCUCCGCAAGGUGUCGCGUGUUCAUCCGCCAUCGAAACUAUUGCUCGGUUGUCUUGCUUGUACAGAUUUGGGCGUUGGUCUCCUUGUACAACCUCUCUACAUCGUUUACUUCAUGUCUCCGGAGCAUUCAAAGGGUUGUUACUACUCUAGAGUACUUUUUAUUAGUAUUAGUUGGAUACUCUGUGGAGUAUCUUUGUCAACAAUGACUGCAAUAAGUGUAGACAGACUUCUUGCUCUGUUGCUGGGGCUAACAUACAGACAGGUUGUAACUGUGAGGCGAGUGAUGGCCCUUGUUGCUACUUUUUGGGUCCUUUACAUUCCCUUAGCCCCUGUAUCAUUUUAUAGAUUAUAUAGUUCAUAUAUUAUUAGUUUUCAGUACACUACUGUGGACAUUCGUAUAACUAUGGGUAUUAUAUAUGCGAUGAUUUUGUUAUGCAUAUUGAUCUCUACUUUCUGCUACACUACUAUUUAUCGCACACUUCGCCUUUCUCAAGCCCAAGUGCAAGGCCAAGGUGACCAAGCACAAAAGAAUGAAGGAGGAAAUCAACUGAACAAAGCGAGAUACAGAAAAACAGUGUCCACAGCACUGUGGGUACAAAUGACAUUACUGACUUGUUAUCUUCCGGACAGUUUACUUGGUGGCUUUAUUUCUAUGAGUGAAAUAAAAACGCCACUACUUUACUUCGCCUGGAGUCUAACCGGAUCUCUUCUGUUCUUCAACUCGACUCUAAACCCACUCCUCUAUUGUUGGAGGAUGAGAGAAAUAAAACGAGCUGUGAAGCACACAAUAAGACAGUUUUGUUAUUUCCCUAAUGAGGAAACUUAGAAGCAUUGUGACUUGAACAAGAUGCGAUGCAAGACCACUGCACGUAAAGUGGUGUCGAACUGUCUACUGUGAGGUCACUCUGACCAUGCAUUUUGAGUAGACUGACUUAUCAUAGGUUUAAUUCUGUACAUAAUAGCUACCGGGAUGUAUUCAAAGGAAGGAUAGAUUUGAAUGUGGAGCUUCGGGCGAGUUGUAUUUAAAAGAAUAGAAGUAAAAGAAUGUUUAUAUCCUCGAUCGAGCGGUACAAAAGUAAACCUGGUGUCAUUUGGGAACGAAGGAGGCUAAUUAAGUUAGAUUAGCCUCUGUUCAGUCUUGUAGGAGACUAUAAUCAGCUGAAACAAAGUUAUUCCAUGGCAAAGUCUCAUUUUCGUUAUUCAAAAAUACUCCACCUCAGGGAAUUUAAUGCUCUUUAGAUGAAAAAACGCAAUAGCACUUCCAUCGAUACAAGAGAUAUCAUCAACUAAAAAUGCUAGAGCUACAAAAGCACGGCAAUAAAUGAAUCAUAUCACAGAAUCAGAGAAUUGCAAAUCAGAAGUGGUGAGUUGAAAUAUCACAGUAUCUACACAGCAACAUGGAAACUUUUACAAUCCUGAAGUAUUCACUCAUAACUGUUGGGCAUUACAAUCGAAGAUUAAGCUUUUAAAAAUAAUUAACUGUAUAGUUGCAUAGCUUGAGGGCAACUGUAUUGAGGGCCGCCCAAACAAAGGAAAUUAUUAAUGUAAAUUUACACGUAAAACUGUCCUUUUCUUAGCGAUUAACUACAUUGUUUACACAGUCAAAGGUAUCAUAAGAUACCCUCUGUUUGCAUUAUUGUGAAUUAUUUCAAAAUAAAGAACAUAAA